CAACCACACGUACAAAUACAUACACACUCACACACAGACACUUAUAUACACAUACAGACGCCUCCUUCUCAUCUUGUUGCUGCCUCACUGCUCUCACUAUACAAUGCACCCACAUUUAUUACAUAUAUUUGUCUAGUCUAGCACCGAUUACAGAUACAGCCUCUGCUGCCUUUAAACAAGCAUAGAUAUCUAUUAUCCAAACAGAUCCAUAACCACAUAGACACAAACACAUACACACACAGAUAAUUUACACCUAAACUAGACGUUCCAUUAGUGGAGCUUUCUCUCAGCACUCUUAUCACAACAGUGGUAUUUAGAUACAGAGGUAAACAGAUACCCAGAGGCACAAUGUCAGGAAGCAACAAAUCCCCAUUUAAAAAGAGAGCAAGUCUACAGGCUCCCAGCUCAGCAGAUCAUCGUGGGUCUCCAUUCCACCCGCUACAGUCUGCAAAAUCUUUUUCUGGUACCCCUCACAGCUUAAAGCAACUGAACCGUGAACUAAGAACAUCAAUGGAGGGAAAAUACAAGGAAAUUGCAGAGGAGCUCUUCAGUCGCUCUCUUGCAGAUAGUGACAUGCGUUCUGCUCCAUAUGAAUUUCCAGAGGAGAGCCCAAUUGAAAAGCUUGAGGAAAGAAGACAACGUCUAGAGAGACAAAUCAGCCAAGACAUUAAACUUGAACCUGAUAUUUUACUUAGAGCUAAACAGGAUUUUCUGAAAAUUGACAGCAGCUCUGACUUACAAUUAUACGACGAGGAAUAUGAAGAUUAUGUAGACUGCUUCUCAAAGGAAGUUAUCCUUGAAAGAGAGUAUUUAAGAGUAUCCAUCACUGGCGAUGAGAAAUGUGGGGUACCAUUUACAGAUCUUUUGGAUGCUGCUAAGAGUGUGGUAAGAGCUUUAUUUAUCCGCCAGAAGUACAUGAAUCAGUCUAUGCAGAGUUUCUGCCGUACCACUGCACAGCACCUAAAGGAACUUAGCGAAAGGACUCCAGACAGCCCCCUAGAGGAGGAGAAUGAUGACACCCCAGUUGCUGAAAAUGCCCCUGUACACCCACCUUUCUCAGAGCAUCACCCCUAUAAAGUUUGCGACCCCAGCAAAAUGCCGCACGACUUGGGCUUUGGGCUGAAGAUGGUUGAUGGUGUAGUUCACGUGUACACAAAGCGUGACAUCACUGAUGUGAGCACUGAAAUGGAUCUUCCAUAUCCAGACCUCCAGGAGUUUGUGGCUGAUAUGAACGUACUGAUGGCUCUGAUAAUAAAUGGUCCCAUUAAGUCGUUCUGCUACCGCCGGCUGCAGUACCUGAGCUCUCGCUACCAGAUGCAUGUUCUCCUCAAUGAGAUGAAGGAGCUGGCAGCUCAGAAGAAAGUGCCUCACAGAGACUUCUACAAUAUUCGCAAGGUGGAUACUCACAUACAUGCAGCAUCCUGCAUGAACCAGAAGCAUCUGCUGCGCUUCAUUAAGCGAGCCAUGAAGAAGAAUAGCGAGGAGAUUGUGCAUGUGGAAGGGGGCAAGGAACAGACAUUGCGGCAGGUGUUCCAGAGCAUGAACCUAAGUGCAUACGACCUCAGUGUGGAUACUUUGGACAUGCAUGCAGACAGAAACACAUUCCAUCGAUUUGACAAGUUCAAUGCCAAAUACAAUCCAAUAGGAGAAUCUGUCCUAAGAGAAAUCUUCAUCAAGACGGAUAAUAAAGUGUCUGGGAAAUACUUCGCUCAUAUCAUUAAGGAAGUGAUGGCUGAUCUGGAAGAAAGCAAGUAUCAGAACGCCGAACUGCGUCUCUCCAUCUAUGGGCGGUCUCGGAAUGAGUGGGAUGCAUUGGCUUGUUGGGCAGUCAACCACAAAGUGCAUUCUAACAAUGUGCGAUGGCUUGUGCAGAUUCCCAGACUCUAUGAUGUGUUUCGUUGCAAGAAGCAAAUCAAUCAUUUUCAGGAAAUACUACAAAAUAUUUUCCUUCCUCUGUUUGAAGCAACUGUGAACCCAGCAAGUCAUCCUGAAUUGCACCUCUUUCUGGAACAUGUGGAUGGGUUUGAUAGUGUAGAUGAUGAAUCAAAGCCAGAACAACAUAUCUUCAAUAUGGAAAGUCCACUGCCUGAGAACUGGAAGGAAGAGGAUAACCCCCCGUAUUCAUAUUACCUAUACUAUAUGUAUGCCAACAUGACUGUGCUCAACCAUCUACGAAGGCAGCGUGGAUUUCACACUUUUGUAUUGCGCCCACAUUGUGGCGAAGCAGGGCCUGUUCAUCACUUGGUUACUGGAUUCAUGCUGUCACAGAAUAUCUCCCACGGACUCCUGCUACGCAAGGCUCCGGUGUUACAGUACCUAUACUACCUGGCACAGAUUGGCAUUGCUAUGUCUCCACUUAGUAACAAUAGUCUGUUCCUUAGUUAUCACCGGAAUCCACUGCCAGAUUUCCUGUCUCGAGGUCUCAUUGUGUCCCUAUCAACAGAUGAUCCGCUGCAAUUUCACUUCACAAAGGAGCCGUUGAUGGAAGAAUACAGCAUUGCUACCCAAGUCUGGAAGUUGAGCUCAUGUGACAUGUGUGAACUCGCAAGGAACAGCGUUUUAAUGAGUGGUUUCCCACACAAGGUAAAAAGUUACUGGUUGGGUCCAAAUUACCUAUGUGAAGGUCCGGAAGGAAAUGACAUCCGCAGAACCAAUGUCCCUGACAUACGAGUUGGCUUUCGAUAUGAAACUUUGUGUGAAGAACUGAUGCUCAUCACCCAGGCCCUGCAGAGCGAUGAACUGGAGCCCAUCCCUGAAGAGAUCCUGUGCAUGGGUGGAGGAUCACGUGGAAACAUUACAAAAGAGGAGACCUCUACUUUGGAGAAUGAGAAGAGCAGACCCUGAUCAUAGAAAGAGUGGUGGAAGAGGGAUGGAAGGUGUAGGAGAAGGAGGUGACCCUGAGCACUGUUGGAAAGCAAGAAACUCUGAGAAGGGGGUAGCAUAACUAGGGUAAAGACUUUAAAUGUGGACGGGCAUUUUAGGUAAAACAAAACAAAAUCAAAAGUUUGGGAUAUAAAAGAAAGUCCUAAUCCAAGAAAACAGAUACACUAAUACUGGACAAGAGAAAUUGUAGUUCUGUGGUAAAAGGGUGUGAGGUGACCACAUAAAAAAUGAAAGGGGGUUACUUAAAACUGGAGACAUCAUUACAUUAUUGUAGCAACAGGAAAAUUCUUGAUGACAACACAAUCAUUCAAUAUUAAAUGUUGGAUAAUAUAAAUGUGAC